AUGGAGGACCCCGGCAGCGGCGUCGGGCAGGCUGCUGGGAGCCCACCUGGGAACGGCAGCUGCGGAGGAGGAGGAGGCAGCAAGGGAAAGCAGGCGUUGCCCAAGGGCCGGGAAAUGUUCAAGAACCAGCGGAGGGAAUCUGAGGUGGGCAGUGUCUUGAGCUGGGGAAGGGAAGGGGGGAACCCGGGGGUGCUGCGGCGUGGGGCGGUUUCUGUCGUCCUCUUCCUUCUCUCAGGCACCUUUGGGGAGUGUGAUACAGAAGCUGACGUCCUGCACUGGUCCCGCUAUAACAGCUUUCUACUCUACCAGAUGGGAACUUUUACUGCCUUCUUGGAGCUGCUCCACAUGGAAACUGACAAUAGCCAGGCCUGUAGCAGUGCCCUACGGAAACCAGCCAUCUCCCUUGCAGACAGCACAGAGCUCAGGGUGUUGCUCAGCGUCAUGUACCUGAUGGUGGAAAACAUUCGCCUGGAACGGGAGACAGACCCUAGCGGAUGGAGGGCGACCCGGGAAACCUUCCGAACAGAGCUGAGCUUUCCAGUGCGCAGUGAGGAGCCAUUUGCCCUCCUGCUCUUCUCCAUGAUCACCAAAUUCUGCAGUGGGCUCGCCCCUCACUUCCCCAUGAAAAAAGUCUUGCUUCUGCUCUGGAAGGUGGUCCUGUUUACGCUGGGGGGUUUUGAGGUCCUGCAAGCCCUGAAAAUACAGAAGAGGGCAGAACUUGGGCUACCCCCAUUAGCAGAGGACAGCAUCCAGGUUGUCCGCAGCAUGAGGGCUGCUUCACCUCCUUCCUAUACCCUGGACCUGGGGGAGUCACAGAUGGCACCACAAUCCUCCAAACAACGAGGCCGCCGGGGACGAAAGCAGCUCCUCACGAAGCAGGACAGCCUGGACAUCUACAAUGAACGGGAUCUCUUCAAGAAUGAGGAGACUCCCCCCGAAGAGGAGGAAGAGGCAGGAGAAGGGGAGAGCACCUUGGAUGGAGAACUUGACCUGCUGGAGCGGGGACCCCUGGUCCCCCCUCUUCUCUCCCAGACACCAACUACUGAGCGUGUGACUUUCCCCAAGGGGUUACCAUGGGCCCCCAAGGUCAGACAGAAGGACAUCGAGCACUUCUUGGAGAUUAGCAGGAACAAGUUCAUCGGCUUCACCCUGGGGCAAGACACAGACACCUUGGUGGGAUUGCCGAGGCCCAUCCAUGAAAGUGUGAAGACUCUGAAGCAGCACAAGUAUGUCUCCAUCUCUGACGUGCAGAUCAAGAAUGAGGAGGAACUGGAGAAGUGUCCCAUGUCCCUGGGAGAAGAGGAGGUGCAGGAGACCCCGUGUGAAAUCCUGUACCAGGCCAUGCUGUAUAACCUCCCGCAGUAUAUGAUUGCUCUGCUGAAGAUUCUCUUGGCUGCAGCCCCAACUUCCAAGGCCAAGACAGAUUCAAUCAACAUCCUGGCAGACGUCUUGCCUGAGGAGAUGCCCAUCACUGUGCUACAGAGCAUGAAACUGGGUAUCGAUGUGAACAGACACAAAGAGAUCAUCGUAAAGAGCAUCUCUGCCGUGUUACUCCUGCUGCUGAAGCACUUCAAACUCAACCACAUCUAUCAGUUUGAAUAUGUGUCUCAGCAUCUGGUGUUUGCCAACUGUAUCCCCUUGAUCCUGAAGUUCUUCAAUCAAAAUAUCUUAUCCUACAUCACAGCCAAGAACAGCAUCUCAGUCCUGGAUUACCCCUCCUGUACCAUCCAUGAUUUGCCAGACCUCACUGCCGAAAGCCUGGAAGCUGGAGACAACAACCAGUUCUGCUGGAGGAACCUAUUUUCCUGCAUCAAUUUACUCAGGCUGCUUAACAAACUGACCAAGUGGAAGCAUUCCAGGACCAUGAUGUUGGUGGUGUUUAAGUCUGCCCCCAUUCUCAAGCGGGCACUCAAGGUCAAGCAGGCCAUGCUGCAGCUGUACGUGCUGAAGCUGCUAAAGAUCCAGACCAAGUACCUGGGGCGUCAGUGGAGGAAAAGCAACAUGAAAACCAUGUCAGCCAUCUAUCAGAAAGUGAGGCACCGCAUGAAUGACGACUGGGCUUACGGCAAUGACAUUGAUGCCAGGCCGUGGGACUUCCAAGCAGAAGAGUGCACUUUAAGGGCCAACAUUGAGGCUUUUAACAGCAGGCGCUACGAUAGACCCCAGGACUCAGAGUUUGCACCGGUGGAUAACUGCUUGCAGAGUGUCCUAGGGCAGAAGCUGGAACUCCCAGAGGAUUUCUACUAUUCAUAUGAGCUCUGGUUGGAGAGGGAGGUGUUUUCACAGCCCAUCUGUUGGGAGGAGCUACUCCAGAGUCACUGACUGGGGCCUCAUCUGUCUCCCACACAAUGCUGAAUGCCAUGGGGAAAACACCCACACGCACACACAAAUGGGAUCCUGCCCACUCUGCUCCUUCCACCUUUUCCCAAGCUCUCCUAAUUUGAAUUCAUCUUUGAAGCUCCAGGUUCGGAAUGGGGAGAGCUUGGUUUGAGGAGGUAUGGGGCAGCCAGAGAGUUGUCUCCAUCCUGGAUCCUGCUCUGCCUGCCCAUCCUUUGGAAACACUCUCUAAAUCCAGGAUAGCCAUGGUGGAGGGGUCAGGGCAAGGAUGGAAGACAGGGUCUCUGGACCAGAACAAGCUACCCUAGAGCA